CAAUCCCCUCUGAAAUGAAAUUUCUCGUGCUCUUUUUUGUUCCCAUUUCGUCCCAUGCGUAGAGGAGACUAGCUUAGCUAGUUUUAUUUCCAAAUUAGCCCCUCUCGUCUUCUCUUCUCUCGCCGCUCCGGUCAGCGGCUGCGGCGGCGGCGGCGGAGGAUCACGGUGGUUGUCGGGUUGUUGGUGGGUGAGGGGGGAUCGAGGAUGUGUGACAAGGAUCCGGGCAUAAAGCUCUUCGGGCGGGUGAUCCCGCUGGCUCCAGAGGCUGAGGCUGCUGCGGCGGCGGACGGCUCCGACCAGCCGGAGGCGGCGGCGGCGGCGGCGGCGGAGGUUGAGCCGGCGGCGCAGGAUGAGGAUCAUCACAAGGAAACAGAAGAAAGAAAAUAUGAUGAAAUGAAGGUUGAUGUGCCACAAGAGGAGGAAGAUAACGAAAUGAAGGUCGAUGCACCACAAGAGAAAAAGGAUAAUGAAGUGACGGCUGAUGUGCCAGAAGAGAAGGGAAAUGAUGAAAUGAGGGUUGAUGCAUCAGAGUCAAUAGAAAGCAUAGAGCCAGUCAGCAGAUCUACCUUGGACAAUAAAAAAGAAGAUCAGGGUCAGAUGAACAACGUUGAAGAGAAAGCAGCAUCAGACUCAAAAGAUGAAAAUGAAAAGACAGCAAAUGAUGAAUCAGGCCAGGACAAAGUACUUAAGAAGCCAGAUAAGAUUCUCCCUUGCCCUCGGUGCAACAGUAUGGACACAAAGUUUUGUUAUUACAACAACUACAAUGUUAAUCAACCCAGGCACUUCUGUAAGAACUGCCAAAGGUAUUGGACUGCCGGGGGAACCAUGAGAAAUGUACCUGUUGGUGCUGGGAGGCGCAAAAGCAAGAGCUCAUCGUUGCACUACCGUCACUUACUGAUGGCCCCUGAUUGCAUGAUGGGGUCUAGAGUGGAAAUAUCCAAGUCAAUGAACCCUGAAGCUUUCGCAUCUGCGCAUUCGACCCCUAUACAACCAAUUGGCAGAAACGAAACAGUUCUCAAAUUUGGGCCUGAGGUGCCACUCUGUGAAUCGAUGGCAUCAGUGCUGAACAUUCAGGAGCAGAAUGGAACCAAUGCUGCAGCAGUACCAACGGGUGAAAAUCAGGAAGAUAACUCUUGCAUCUCUUCAAUCACAUCACACAACGUGUUACCUGAAAAUGCAGCCCAAGUUGACAAGAACAGCACGCCGGUGUAUUGCAACGGAGUCGGCCCAGUGCCGCAGUACUACCUUGGAGCUCCUUACAUGUACCCAUGGAACAUAGGAUGGAACAACGUUCCUAUGAUGGUGCCAGGUACAAGCAUGCCAGAGUCUGCUUCCCAAUCUGAGAGCUGCAGCACCAGUUCAGCUCCAUGGAUGAACAUGAACUCCCCCAUGAUGCCGGUUGCCUCGAGGCUUUCUGCACCACCAUUUCCAUACCCUCUAGUGCCACCUGCACUAUGGGGUUGCUUAUCCAGCUGGCCGGCCACGGCAUGGAACAUACCGUGGAUCAGAACGAAUGGCGGCUGCAUGUCUCCAUCGUCGUCGAGCAACAGCAGCUGUUCAGGCAAUGGCUCCCCUCUGGGGAAGCAUUCCAGGGACUCCUCUCUCCCACUGAAGGAGGACAAGGAGGAGAAAUCACUGUGGGUUCCCAAGACGCUCCGCAUCGACGAUCCCGACGAGGCGGCGAAGAGCUCCAUCUGGGCCACCCUGGGGAUCAAGCCUGGAGACCCUGGCAUCUUCAAGCCGUUCCAGUCCAAAGGUGAGAGCAAAGGCCAAGCAGCAUCAGAGACUCGUCCUGCUCGUGCUCUUAAGGCAAACCCAGCUGCAUUGUCGCGGUCGCAGUCGUUCCAGGAGACUUCUUGACUCUUUACCUGUUGAAUUUCCUAUAGUUUUUGUCAGCACAGUGUGUGUACUGUAAAAUGUGUAUAGCAGUAGAGGUUUUGCGGUAUUCAGAAGGAUCAGGAGAGAGCUUUUUGUGCAGCCACUAACUUGAGGUGGAUAGGAGUUGCAAAGGGCUUUCAUGAGAAACUACAUCGAGAUGUAUAUGUAUUGUAAAUACUUGACAAACUGGUUGUGUACAUCUAGGUUAAGUCAGGAAAAUACACUCACCUGGUUUAGCUCUCCUAGUAUAUUAUACUACAUUGGUAUGUCUAUCUUUGUUUUUGAAGAAAAAAAAGGAGUGCAAAAGAUUCAGAUUAAUCAAUCUAACCACACUUGAUUUGA